UUGUAGUCCGGGAGUUAGCCAUUAGCCAUUAUCGGUGACGUCAGAGGAGCCCCGGUAGCCGUUGGAUUUGAACACAAACGCGGGACUCAGAACAGCAAAAACAAGAAAUUAAACCUUAUUUUAUUUAACUUUAAUGUUUAUUUUCAAUCCUGAGCCUCAGAUCGCGACCUCUGCAUCUUGUUCAGGAUGCCUAUCCGUGCUUAUUGCACUAUCUGUUCGGAUUAUUUCGACCACUCCAGAGACGUUGCAGCUAUUUUCUGCGGACACACUUUUCACUAUGAGUGCCUUCUUCAGUGGUUCCAGACGGCUCCCAGUAAAACCUGUCCACAAUGCAGGAAACAGGUGAGUGGAAGACACAUAAUCAACAAGCUGUUCUUCGAUAUGCCAACAGAAGAAGAGGAAACUUCUGCAGAUCCUGAAAGCUUGCAGAACGAGCUGGACAGAAUGAAGGUGCUUCUCUGCGAGAAAGAGAGGGACUGGAGAGACAAGCAGAAGGCGGCCGAUGCCCUGAAGGAGACGAUCGAGAGGCAGAGAUCUGAUCUGGACCGAGUGAGGAGAGAGAUUGGAGAGAAGGAAAUGCUCUGUAGCACCUUAAGAAAACAGAUGCAGUAUUUGGAGAGCCAGCACAGAGACAGCCAAGCUGCUAAAGAGGAGGCCAAGCGGCUUCGGGUCAAAAUGAAAACGUACGAAAGUUUGGACCUGGUGUUGCAGGGACAGAGGGCUGAAGUGGAGGCCAUGAUCUCAGACAUGGGUGUGAACCAGUCGGCCGUGGAGCAGCUCUCCAUCUACUGCAUCUCGCUCAAAAAAGAGUACGAUAAUCUGAAAGGCAGCCUCAAGACCUCCAACGAGAUGUGUGAGAAACUGAAGCGGGAAGUUUUCACCUCCAGUAACAAGCUGCAGAAAUCCACGUUGGAGAUGAACAGGAUGAAGGAGGACAUGAACGCUCUUCAGAACGACCUCACCAACUCCGAUAAGGAGAUCACGAGUCUGAGGAAGAAGGUGGAGAUCUUACAGAAGACCCUGAGUACACCCAACCGCACCAACGAAGCCAUCAGCCGACUCGUCUUCGAGAGUCCCGCACCUCUGGAGCUGAAGACCCCCCGCCUGCACCAGCCCACGGACAGCCAGGACAUCGACCUCAACCUGACGUUCGACAUCAGCACGCCGGAGCUGGUGGAGAAGAAAGCGGCCGCCGUCCCCUCCAAGAAGAUGCGCCUGGAUCCAGCAGCGACUUCAUCGAAACCCGGCGAGAACGCGCUCGGGAGUAAGGUCUCGCAUCAGAAGGAGGACGCGGAGCCCAUGUUCAGGAACUCGCUCCUCUACAGGAAGAAGACGUUCGGCAGCAUGCUCGACCCGCACAGCAAACCCGGAGCUGUGAAGACGGGAUACGACGGACUGGGAGGAAGAACCAAAUAUUUCCAGCCUUCCCCUCUGUCUGAGAUCAGACCUCUGAUGAUGAAGGCCAAGAGGAAGAAGGUGUCCAGGCCGGUGCCCAGCAAGCUCACCCCCAACCUCACCACGCUCGAUGGGUUCCUGGAGUGAGCUCUAACCCUGCCGUCCUACUAUCUGGUUUAUUCUGGUUCACACUGGGAAAGCUGGGAUGAAUCGACAAGCUGCUGCCGUGGUUCACGUUCAGACGAGCUGAUUGUGUCUUAAUAACUGUUUUUAUUCGAGCGUUUGUUGGCGCCGCCGUGAAGAUCCUGGUCACGCGAGACGCCCGGGCACGUACAGGUCUGGAUCAGGGAAUGGAAGACUGACCCUGGAACAGCUCAGAGAAACGAGACGUUGUUAGAAAUCCAUCAUGGAAACACGUCUGUGAUGGGGACUGGAACAGAUUCCUUAUUUAUUUAUGUCUUUUUACUUUCUGUAUCCUCGUGUUGAACGUCGUUCUUUUAUAUGUUUGUUUAGUUCUUUAUUAAAUGUCAAGAUUGUGUUGAAAAUGUUGCCAUUUCAUUGUGAGACGUAAUAAAAUCCUAGUUUUCUA